UAUUCAACAGAUAGUUUUUAGUCAUUAGUGCUGCUGUGUCUUCUGGUUUCUGUGACAGGUGUGUGUUGUGAUGGAUCUGAAGGAGAAAGUGGCUGUGGUGACCGGAGCAGCUCAGGGUUUGGGCAGAAGUUUUGUCGAAAUACUUCUAAAAAACGGGGCAAAGGUGGCUUUAAUCGAUGUGAAUACAUCGCUGGGAAAUGAACUGAAGAACACACUUGAUCAGGAGUAUGGACGGGGCAGGACUGAAUUUUACUCAGCCGACGUCACAUCAGAGGAAGAUUUUAAAGGAGUUUUUGAAAAAAUUGUUAAAAUAUUUGGCCGCAUAGACAUUUUGUGCAACAAUGCAGGGAUCAUCAAUGAAAAGCACUGGGAAAAAACUAUUGCAGUCAACCUGGGUGGAGUGGUCAGAGGAACGUAUCUCGCUCUAGAACAUAUGAAGAAGGAAAAUGGUGGGAAUGGAGGAGUCAUUGUUAAUGUUUCAUCUAUGGCAGGUUUGGGACCUUUGCCGACGGCACCCAUCUACACUGCAACCAAACACGGCGUGGUGGGAUUCAGUCGUGCCAUGGCAGCCGUUUCCAAGCUGUCUAACUAUGGGGUGAGGAUCAACAUUCUAUGUCCAUGGUUUGUGAAGACCAAUCUUCUGUCCACCAUGAGCUCAGAAGAGCAUGCUGGAAGUUUCUUACCACUGAGGGGAAUUGCAGAGAAGAUGAUGAAGGACCACGGCUGCCUGGAGGCUGAUGUUGUUGCCAAGGCUUUUCUUGUUCUCGUGAAAGAUGAAAGCAAGAAUGGAGAUGCUCUGAUGAUUGAUCCUGAUGAGGCAGUUUUUGUUUCCUUUCCUGAACGGGCCAAAGACUUCCCAUCAACUCCAGUCAGUCUUGAGUGACCCUUCAGCUUGGCUCUCAGUGUUUCAUCAGAGAUC